UAGAGGAUGUUAGCAAAACAAAAAAGAUGAAAUCCGAAAUUUUGGCAGCCGCCUUUUUGGGUUUGGCGCUUAGGUCGAUUAUCUCGCUAUAUUCCUACUCGGGGGCCGACUCCCCGCCGAUGCAUGGCGACUACGAAGCCCAGCGCCAUUGGCAGGAGGUCACAGUGAACCUGGAUGUCGGCGAGUGGUACACAAACAGCUCCAACAACGAUUUGUUGUACUGGGGCCUGGAUUAUCCGCCUCUGACCGCUUACCACAGCUAUUUGGUGGGCCGGAUAGGCAAGUCCAUGGAUCCCCGCUUUGUCGAGCUUCACAGCAGCAGGGGAUUCCAGUCGAGGGAGCACAAACGCUUCAUGCGCGCAACAGUUGUGACUGCUGACGUCCUCAUCUAUUUGCCGGCAAUACUCUACUUGGUCUAUUGCAUCGACAAAACCUUCCAGAGCGACGACAAAUUGUUCUUAUUCACCCUGAUUGCUGCGUAUCCAGGCCAAAUACUCAUCGACAAUGGUCACUUUCAGUACAAUAACAUAUCACUGGGCUUUGCCGCCGUGGCAAUUGCUGCAAUCCUGCGAAGAAGAUUCUACACGGCUUCGUUUUUCUUCACGUUAGCUUUGAACUAUAAGCAAAUGGAGUUGUACCACAGUCUACCGAUCUUUGCAUUCCUUUUGGGAGAAUGUGUGGCUCAAAAAAGCUUUACUUCUUUCAUCGCCAAAAUAUCACGUAUAGCAGCCGUUGUCCUGACAACAUUUGCUAUUUUGUGGCUCCCCUGGCUGAAAUCUCCUCAAGCGGCGCUUCAAGUCCUGCAUCGCCUUUUUCCUGUCGCCCGAGGAGUUUUUGAGGAUAAGGUGGCGAACGUUUGGUGUGCCGUAAAUGUGGUUUGGAAAUUAAAGAAACAUUUACUCAACGAUCAAAUGGCACUCGUGUGCAUUGGAUGCACUUUACUUGCAGCCAUGCCCACAAAUGUUCUGCUCUUUCGAAGACGAACUAAAAUCGGAUUUUUACUGGCUCUUUUCAACACCUCGCUGGCUUUCUUUUUGUUUUCUUUUCAAGUCCACGAAAAAACCAUUUUACUGGCUGCCCUGCCAUCCCUCUUCUUACUUAAAUGGUGGCCCAACGAAAUGGUUAUGUUCCUGGAGGUUUCAGUGUUCAGCAUGUUGCCACUUCUAACCAGAGAUGAAUUGCUGGUGCCUGCACUUGUAUCAACUUUGGCUUUUCAUUUGAUAUUUAAAUGUUUUAAUUCCAAUUCAAAGCAAAGUAUCGAGUCCCCAUUGAAGUACUUUGCAAAUAUAUCAAGUAUUCUAAUGAUUUCCAUACUGGCAGCUUCUCUAACAAUCGCAGCUCCUCCACGGUUUCCUGAUCUUUGGCCCUUAAUUGUUUCUGUUAUAAGUUGCGGACACUUUUUGUUAUUUUUCCUAUGGGGAAAUUAUCAACAACUAACCUGCAAUAUAAGUUAGCUUCCAAAGCACACACUUUUUAAAAAUACAUUCGAACCAAACCAAAAAAAUA